AUGCACGAGGACGUUGAGGGGUGGCUGAAGUACGCGUCGCUGUGCCGCAAGAGCGGGCGGCCGCGCCAGGCGGAGCGCAUGCUGGUGCAGCUGCUGCGCUACGACCCCCGGUCCAUCACCACGCCACACACGCCAGGAUACGGCGCGGGCAGCGGCGCCCCGGCCGUGAUGCUGGCGUUUGUUAAGCACCUGUGGUCCACAGGCUCAAGGCAGGAGGCACUGGGGCGCCUGCAGGACCUGGUGACCGAGAUCGCCUCCAUGGCGCCGUCAGAGCCCCCAAUGCCCUUCAUCAAGCCAGACCUCGCAGCAGCGGCGGCGGCGGUGCCCGCGCACCUGUCUCACCUGCCUGGGGGCGCGCUCAAGCGGUGGCAGGACCGCCCCAAGCCGCAGCUCCACGCGCGCGCCUACCUGCGGCUGGGCCUCUGCCAGUGGCACGUCCACGACGCGGGGCUGGACGGGCCCACCAUACAGCGCUGCCUCGGGCUGCUCAAGUCUGCCACCGAGUACGGCGCCAACUGGGCCAAGGCGUGGCACAACUGGAGCCUCUUCAACUGCGGGGUGCUGGAGAGCCUGGCCAAGGCGGGGGAGCCGGGGGCGGCGGCGCAGUACGUGGCGCCCGCGGUGCAGGGCUUCUUCAGGAGCGCGCGGUAG